AUGGUUCACAGACACCACCACGAGUCUGCAGUUCCCGGCGUGAUCCCUGUCCCGCACGGUCCUGUAGACAGCGACUCUGAUCGCAUCUCAGAUGAGCCAAUCGCUUAUGCCACUGCCGACGAGCGUCGCAUCUUCAGCCAUGUAACCCGUCCAGAUGACUCCUACACAGAGGACGGUGUCUACUGGGCCGAUCUUCCCAUGUCUCAGCGCUUCCGUUUCGUCUCAAAGGUCGAUAACGAUGCUGCCAAAGAGGAGGCCAAGACUGCCUGGUCCAUGUUCAAGAACGACCCUCUAUCGCCAAUGUCAUGGUACUUCCGCCAUGCCGUCAUUCCUGGUGCUGGUCUCGGUCUUGAAGGUUACGUCCUCUUCUCCAUUGGCAACCUCGAGCCCCUUUUCAAGGCUGUUUGGCCUGAUUGCUGGGGUAAGGGUUCUACUACCUGCUCUCACAACUGGAUCGCCUCUGUGACCUAUCUCGAGAUUAUCGGCAUCAUGGUCGGCCAGGCCGUCGUUGGUGUUAUGGGCGACUGGGUUGGUCGACGAUGGGGUCUCAUUCAGGAUGCCGCCAUCAUGUUCAUCGGUCUUCUCAUGCUCACUGCUUCUUGGGGCCUCACUCUCCAGGGAUGGGUUAUCUGCUACGCCUGGUCUCUCUUCUUCUACGGUUUCGGUGUUGGUGGUGAGUAUCCUAUCACAGCCACCUCAUCUCUAGAAGGCGUUUCCUCUGGGGGCAGAAUUUCCACUCGUGAGGAUCGUCUGCACCGUGGACGCCGUGUCACUACCGCUUUCCUCAUGCAAGGCUGGGGUCAGUUCGUUAACCAGGUCAUUCUCAUUGUCCUUCUCGCCAUCUUCAACAACGGCAAGAGCUCGCCUCCCUACAGCGCCUCCGCCGCUCAGUACACCUUCCGACUGUCUUUCGCCUUCCCUGCCAUCGGCACGCUCUGGCUCCUCUACUACCGUACCUACCGUAUGCGCAGCGCUGGUAAGCAGCUUGCUGAGGCCAAGAAGCGCUCAAAUGUCACUGGUUACGAUAUAAACGCUCUUCGACACUGCUUCAGCAAUUUCGGAGGCCGUCUCUUUGCUACUUCUGGCACUUGGUUCUGCAACGAUGUCUUCUUCUACGGCAACAAACUGUUCCAGGGCCAGUUCAUCAAGGUUAUCUCUCCUGGCAGCGACUCCAUCUUCACAACCUGGACCUGGAACCUUGUCAACAUCACUGUCUCGCUGGCUGGGUACUACCUCGCCUCCCUACUCAUUGACAACAAGAUGUACGGCCGUAAGAUGAUGCAGCAGGUUGGUUUCUUCAUGUGCUUCCUCAUGUUCGUUAUCCCUGCCUUCAAGUACGACUACUACACCAGCCCUGCCGGAAUCCACUCCUUCCAGGCCAUGUAUUUUAUCUCGUCAUUCUUCAACCAGUUCGGUCCCAACUCGGUCACCUUCCUUGUAGCUGGCGAGGUUUUCCCCACGCCUGUCCGUGCCAGUGCUCACGGUUUCUCCGCUUGCAUCGGCAAGUCCGGCGCUCUGCUCGCCUCCGUCCUCUACAACUACAUCGAUGACCAGACCAAGUUCUAUGUCGUUCCCUGGUUUGGCCUCCUUGGCAUGCUUCUCACUUGGGUCUUCCUUCCUGAUACCACCGGUCUCGAUCUUAAGGAGCAGGAGCGCCGUUGGGGUUAUAUCCGUGAUGGCAAGGAGAGCGAGUACCAUGGUGUUGCGGUCAACCCUAUCCACCUGUCACUCUGGGAACGUCUCCGGGGAGUCGGCAAGAGCUACGACCCUGAGGCUGACUGGCGCUCCAAGGUCCAGGACAUGCGUGCUGAGUGGGAGCUCGUCCAGGCCAGCCGUGGCCCCAAGGAUACCGAGGGUGCCAUGCCCGACGACGGAGAAUUCUCUCCUGAGAUCCAUGAGUUUUUCAAGCGCUCCAGUCCCAAGCACAUUGGUCGUCGCGAUGAGUCUCUUAUGGUAGACCACGUUAAUGAGAAGACGGCUGUGCCGUCUGAAGAGCCAGGCUCAAAAUAG